AGUGGGCGCUGGUCCGUGACAGAGCUGGGGGAGGAAGGAAGUCACAUGUAUAGAAACAGCACCGAGCUCCUGUCAGAGUUCGGCUUUGACUGGCCCCCACAGACGUCCUCUGAGUCCAUCUGAGGCAUGGCCCAUCUGAGCGAGUAUGGGAACUGGAUGGGUCGCUCGCAGGCAAAGGGCAAGAAGGCAGCAGCCGAGCGCAGAGGUGCACCUCCUGCGUCGGACGAGGACGACUAUGAGAACGUGUCCCUGGAGGACGGGGGCUGUUCCAAGCCCCCGCCCCUACCACGCGACAAGAAGGUGAAGGCAGCGGCACCGGGCCGGAAGGACCGAGGAGGAGCAGGCCCGGUGCCAGCACUGUCCAGGCCCCCCGAAACCGGCCCGGCCAUUUCAGUGAUCUCAGAGGAUCCGGCCCUUAGGCUUCCCAAGUUUGAUCUUCUCCAAACCAAACCAACCUUCAGAAGAGACUGCUCUGGAAGUUCCCCGCUGAUCACCUACAUCCUGCUGGGGAUUUGCUUCCUCAUGUGCGGCGUGUUCCUCACCCUGGCCCUCAUGAAACGUCCUGAGCUGCAGCAGGAGUUAGAGGAGCUGAGCUUUCAUCUUCCCCAGAUGACAACUAAUGUGUCCCAGCAGCUAGCGGAGGCCAGACAGGACAGGGAGAAGAUCCGAGCAGAGGUUAUGGUGCUGCAGGGAUCUGUAGACUUUCAGCGUCUUUCCCUCUCUGAGCAGCUGGCUGCUGUGAAGAAAUUUCACCGUGAAAUCCAGGCGCAGAUCGCAGCUUUGCAGAAAACAGUCGAUUCUGUCUGUGGCCAUUGCCCGGACCCCUGGGUCUGGUUCCAGAGAACCUGUUACUACUUUUCAGAGUCUACCAAACCCUGGCUUGAGGCCCAGCAGUUCUGUGUGGAUCGCGGGGCCCACCUGGUGAUCAUAAACACCAAAGAGGAGCAGGCUUUUUUGCUGAAGAAUCGCGUCGUGCCCCGGGUGUACUGGCUGGGGCUAAGCGACCAGCAAGUGGAAAAGGAAUGGGUGUGGGUGGAUAACACCCGUUUGACCCUCAGUUUCUGGAGCUCCGGAGAGCCCAAUGACAGCAACAAUGAGGACUGUGGCACCAUGACCCCCGAUGGGCGCUGGAACGACCUAAGCUGCCUCACAACAGACUAUUGGAUCUGCGAAAAGGCCUGGUUCUGCUAGCCCCAGGCGCAGCCGCUGGCCCCGCCCUUCCUGAGCCAUGGGCGUGACCAGGCCCUGCCUCCUGCAGCACGCUUGUCCCGAUGGCUGCGGGACAGUCUCCCCAAGUCGCGGCCUGUGGGCCUCACUCCCUGCUGUGCAGCUCACUCAGGAGUUGCUCUGAAUGCCUGGGUGGGGGGAGGUAUUCUUGCAGUGUUCAAUGGCCACCAGGGAGUCCUGAGUUCGAGUCCCACUUGGACAUCGCCUUUCCCUGUGCCUCAGUUUCCCCUUGUGAUGGAUAUGGGCUGGGUAAUUUUUUACAAGAAUGUAUGUGGAAAAGGGCCAUACUCUUCCAUGAUAUUAAUGGAGGAGGA